AUGUGCGAUAGAUUCCUGGAGUUCUUCUACAUGUACGAUGAAGACGGGUACCAGUCCUACUGCACUGUCUGCUGCGAAGGCAAGGAGCUGCUGCUCUGCAGCAACGCCAGCUGCUGCAGGUGCUUCUGUGUGGAGUGUCUGGAGGUGCUGGUGGGGCGAGGGACGUCGGCCAAGGCCAAAGAGCAGGAGCCCUGGAACUGCUACAUGUGCCAGCCCCAGAGGAGCUACGGGGUGCUGCAGCGCCGGCAGGACUGGAACACCCGCCUGCAGGACUUCUUCACCAGCGACAAGGGGCAGGAAUACGCUGCGCCCAAAAUCUACCCAGCGGUCCCGCCGGCAAAGAGGAGACCUAUUCGGGUGCUCUCCCUAUUCGAUGGCAUCACCACAGGGUACCUGGUGCUGAAGGACUUGGGCAUCCAAGUGGAGAAGUACAUCGCCUCCGAGAUCUGCGAAGACCCCCUCGCUGUGGGCACCAUGCGGCACGAGGGCAACAUCACCUACGUGCACGACGUCCGGAACAUAACCAAGAGAAACAUCGAGGAGUGGGGUCCCUUUGACCUGGUGAUCGGUGGCAGCCCCUGUAACGACCUCUCCCUCAUCAAUCCGGCCAGGAAGGGUCUGUAUGAAGGAACCGGGAGGAUGUUCUUUGAAUUCUACCACCUGCUCAACUACGCCCGUCCCAAGGCGGGAGAGGAGCGUCCCUUCUUCUGGAUGUUUGAGAACGUGGUGGCCAUGAGGGUCAACGACAAGAGGGACAUUUCUCGGUUUCUGGAGUGCAACCCAGUUAUGAUCGACGCUAUCAAGAUAUCCGCUGCCCACCGAGCACACUACUUCUGGGGCAACCUUCCCGGGAUGAACAGGAUCUUCGGGUUCCCCCUCCACUACACGGACGUCUCCAACGUGGGCCGUGGGGCUCGCCAGAAGCUGCUGGGGAGGUCGUGGAGCAUCCCCGUCAUCCAGCACCUCUUCUCCCCGCUCAAGGAUUACUUUGCCUGUGAAUAGCAAGCCGAGCGUCCCUCGUCUCUCUGGUAAAGAUGCACAGCUCCGCGGCCGUGGCGGGAGAGGGACGGGCACGGCCGCCGGACUCUGCCACGGCACCAUCCCUCCCCGGCCUCGAGCUGCGGGAGGCAGCCUGGCCCUGCAGGCAGAGCUGAGGAAAUGUCUUUAACCAAAGAACCUGGCAGGGUAACUUCUCUUUCAAGGGACUAACGGCAGUGAUACGUAGAAAAUGAUGGACAAAAGAGCUUUAAUUACUCAGCGCAGGGUGCUCUAUGCAUAACCGAUGAGACGGGAAGUCUCCUCCGGAGGGUGAAAUACUCCGUUUCAGCCUAGAGCUGGAAAGUCACAACUUGCUGAGCAGUAAGUGUGGAGGCAGCUGCCGGGAUGCUGCAGGCAAACUUGAACUUUAGCGAAUUACUGCUUUUCCUAAACAAACAAAACCUCUCUUGAAGCAACUGCCAAAAAUUCCCAAACUGUAGCAGCAGGUGUAAGGGACCCUGGUCAGGUUACAUACACUGAACAUGCAGGAUACAGAAACCAAAUCUUUUUUUUUAUUUUUAAGACUUUUUUUUGAUAAACUUUAAUUUUGUUGUUUAACGUCUGUUGCUGCUUUAAGGCAUUACGUAAGAAUGUGGAGAUUCCUAGACCUGAAUGUAGCUGAAACUGAACUGUGAGGUGAUAGAAUUACUUUUCUAGCUAGAACUAAAGAAAUACUGUUUUAUAUGUUUGGCUGUAGUUUACAAAUAUUCACUACUUCCUUUUUUAAAGCAUCUAAAACUUUUCCUUGCAUUUUAAAAUCCUGCUGAGUGGUUUGAAUGCUGACACAGUUAUCAGAGCAGGGAGGAUUUGGGCUCCAGUGUCCAUAAAGGAAAAUGUUCUCUGAGCAUUCAUUCCCAGAUGAAUGUGGUGCACCAGCAGGAAGGAUAGCGUAGUGGUCAGUGUCAUCUUCAAAAUGCAGCCCCCAGAUGUCGCAUCCGAUGUCACGAACCCGAGCAGUAUUGGCAGCGUGUCAGCUGUGGGGCAGGGACGAUCCCCCCGCGCCCGGCGGUGCUGGGGUGGGGGGCGCGGGGCAGGGGCAGGUCCUGGGGGUCCGCAGGCAGGGGCUGACCCUCCUUCCCUGGUGCCCGUCUCCCCCGGCGCGGCUGUGCGGAGCUGGGACGCUGCUGGUGCUUGUUACGUGCCCAGCCCCAGCCCGACAGCGCACUGGGGGGGCUCCUGGGGCUGCACCCCCAAACCAGGAGCUCCUUCGGCCACCACCGUGCUCGCUUUUAAUUGCCCUCCUGCUCCCGAACUUUGCCGGAGUGAUUAUCUCGCUCUUCAUAAUGUCCUGGAUGCGCGGCAGAGCCCGUCCCUCUCUGCCAGGUGUUCGUAGCCGCGGGGCUGCUGUCCCGGACGGCGUCUCCCAGGGACUCCUGACUCCAAUGCACAUUUCAAUGCACUGAAACAACUCACGACGUCCCCCCCUUGGUCCCUCUGUCCUCCCCCCUGCAGCCUGUCUCCUGGGCCCGGCAGUCCUGGGG